GCUGGCAAAGUUGUUUUGUUUUGACGGAUGAAGGAUGAAGGCUUGAAGCGUGAGGAGUCUCGGCCGAGUCCCUCUCCUCUCUCACAUUGACGGAGCGGCCCGGCGGAGCCAGUGCCCCGGUUGAACGAUAAGGGCCACAGGGACGACCAUGGGGGCCCCCAAGGAGGGCAUCCUCAGCGAGGAGCCUCUGUACGACCCCAAGAUUCUGCAGCGGCUGGACUUCUCCAAGGCCCCCACCAAGUUCAGCCCUCCGGUGUCGGCGGCGAGGCCGGGCGACGGCCUGCGCGUGCGACCCCUGUGCAGGGCGGACUACAACAGGGGGUUCUUGCAGUUGCUGUCCCAGCUUACAUCAGUUGGAGAGGUCUCCGAGGAGCAGUUUCUCAAGCGCUUUGAUGCCAUGCAAGCCUGCCCCAACACAUACUAUGUCACUGUCAUUGAGGACACAACUAAUGGCCAGGUCAUAGGAUCAUCUACUCUUGUUGUUGAGCAAAAAUUUAUUCAUGGCUGUGCUGUUCGUGGCAGACUUGAAGAUGUUGUUGUAAACAAUACCUACAGGGGGAAGCAGCUUGGCAAACUAAUUAUCAUGACUGUAACUCUGUUAGCAGAAGAGCUGAAUUGUUACAAGAUGACACUUGACUGCAAGGAUAAGCUAGUGCCAUUUUAUUCAUCUCUUGGUUAUACUCUGGAGCAGGGCAAUUCUAAUUACAUGAUGAUACGAUUUGAUAAAGCUCCCUCCUGACUAGGGGCCAACCUCAGACGCUCGCAUUUGUGAGUGUCUGCAGGUCCUCGGAAGAUACUUUUGAGCUUGUGCCUCUUGUUGGCGUUCUUGCUCCAAGAUUUAGAGAUAUCUUUGUCAAAAAGAACUUUGUGAUCUAUUUAAUAAGAGUCCUGUGACGUAGUCCUCAUAUUUUUUUGACUUGAUUUAUGUGAAAAUGCUACUUUUACAGUUGGGUCUGCAGGGUUUUCCUGUAUCUUUGUUGUUCUUGCCAAUACUAUCCUUUUGAUGGUUUAUGAGUUAGGUUUUAAUGAUGUGUUAAUGAUGCAUUGAUGAUUUCCACACUAAAAAUCUGCCACUGUGUAGUAUAUAUAUUUUAAGGAUUUGCUUUGAAGCAAGAGCAAAUAAACAACAUUUUAAAAAUAAAUCUGAGUUUGAGGUGAUGGGUAAAAUAGGAAACAAUAACAGUUAAUAAAUAGGAUUGGGUUUGAACUCGGUAUGGGUAGAGGUUUGGAUGUUUUUUGUCCUCCCUGUCUUCUGAGAUUAUUACAUUGUAAGGACUUCACAUUCAAGACGGAAACAAUAAAAUGAAUUUAGUGUAAGCAACAAGUUAUGCUCAUUGUAGGUUUUACAUAUUAAUUUUGAGACAUGUUGGAGAUAAAAGCAUCAGUGCAUUAUCUGCACAUAGUGGUGUACAUUGAAAAUUUGGUUUUGGUUAAAUAUAAGAUUAAUUGCUACUGUU